AUGGCCUCCCAGAGCGUGCAAUGCUUCGGCAAGAAGAAGACCGCGACUGCUGUCGCCCACUGCAAGGCCGGAAAGGGUCUCGUCAAGGUUAACGGAAAGCCUCUUUCCCUUGUCCAGCCCGAGAUUCUGCGAUUCAAGGUUUACGAGCCCAUCCUGAUCCUCGGUGUUGACAAGUUCGCUGAUGUCGACAUCCGCGUCCGCGUCUCCGGUGGUGGUCACACCUCGCAAGUCUACGCCAUCCGCCAAGCCAUUGCCAAAUCCAUCAUCGCCUACUACCAGAAGUACGUUGACGAGCACUCGAAGAACCAGCUCAAGCAGGCCCUGAUCCAGUACGACCGCACACUGCUCGUUGCCGACAACAGGCGGUGCGAGCCCAAGAAGUUCGGUGGUCCAGGUGCGCGCGCCAGGUACCAGAAGUCUUACCGUUAA